AAUGCACAACUGAAAAUACAGAAAUAUUAAUCAGUCAAAGGGGAUUACUGUAAUAUAAUUUAUUCCAGCUAUAAAUUUAAAAGUGUAUAGUAAAAUUGCCUAUUUUAUCUGUCCUGUGAGAAAAGAAAUACCAUCCAGGCUUCCAUUAAACUGAAACAGAGCUAAAGGGAGCGGUUUUCCAGGUUUCCCUCUUUCAAAGGGAGGGCGAAACCUCCUGCUGCCGGGCUCAUGGCAGGGCAGGGAGCGAAGCAUUCCUCUCACAGUUUUGGAACACCUCUUCUGCUUUACAUGCGUCAGAUCUGCUUGAUAAAAGGGGAUUGAGUCUAAAAGGAAUAGCUCACUGGCAGCUUUAGCCAAUUCUGAUCAGGAGAGUUGGUUUGGGAAGAUGUGGAAAAUCUUUGUAUCUGUGACCUUCUGCUUUACUCUGGAAAGUGAUGAAGUCUUUCACUUCAGGUGUCGGCCUCAUGCCCAGAAGCCUGCCAGUGUCCAUCUGACGUCCCUGUUUGUGCAGCAGGGGUGAGUCUAAUGCUGGACAACUGCGGCUGCUGUAAGGUCUGUGCACGGCAGCUCUAUGACAACUGCAGCAAAACUCAACCGUGCGACACUGCAAAAGGACUGGAGUGCAAUUUCGGGGGCAAAUCUGAUUUUGCACCUGGCAUCUGUCGAGCUAAAUCAGAUGGGAGAAGCUGCGAGUUCAACGGCAGGAUGUUCCAGAAUGGGGAAACCUUCCAGCCAAACUGCAAAUAUCAGUGCACCUGCAUGGAUGGAUCUGUCGGGUGCGUCUCGCUUUGCACUCGUGACCUUUUGAUGUACCGAGUGGGCUGUAAAAAACUGAAGAGGGUUAAUGAGAAAGGAUGGUGCUGUGAACAACUCAUCUGCCUCAAUAAUGCAAACACAAGAAGGUCUGGGUCAAGGAAACACAGACGAAAGUACAAACAAGACCCAUCUGAUGGUGACUUUUCUAACAAGAAUGAUCCUCCACAUGUUUGGAGAGGAGAAUUAACAGCUUUUAGGAAUCAUCCAAAGAGGCUUGAAACAGGAGUCCAGUGUCAGUCUCAGACCACAGCCUGGUCACCCUGCUCCAAAUCCUGUGGUCAUGGGGUUUCCUCCAGGAUGACCAACAACAAUAUCAAGUGCCAACUGGUGACUGAAACUCAGAUCUGUGAGAUCCAACCCUGCAAAGAAAUUCCCCAAAAGAGAGCUGGGAAAUGUAAGGGGAAGGCUGUCCAUCCAAUUCAGAUGUCUUAUGGUGGUUGUCAUAGACUGAAGACAUUCCAGCCGAAACACUGCAGGUCCUGCUCAGACGGCCGAUUCUGCCGGCCUCACAGGACCCGGACACCAUCUGUCCAUUUCAAAAGCAAGUCUGGACAGACUUUUAAGAAGAAGGUAGCAAUGACUGGCUCUUGACUGUGAGAUUUGGACUUCUCCAAGAGCAGUAAAAAUGUUGCUCACCCUCUAUGGACGUUCUAAUACGAUUCAGAAACGCUAACUGUGAAUCUUAGAGCAAUUCAAAUAAAAACUAUUAUUCUGGAAUUAGCCAUUUGUGGCAUUGGA